CCCUAAACCGCGGCGCUGCAGGCUCUGAUUGGCUGCCGCUCCGCGGGUCCUUUGUGCCCCCGUCCUCCUCACCCCGCUGCCAAAGCAGGGGCAAAUCUGCCUGGCGUGGCAUUAUUGAGCAGCGUGGGAUUUGGUUGGAGAAAUCUGCCCUUUAAUUUGGGAAUCUGAGUCCGAUAAAGUCGAGUUUCAGGAUGUACAGUUUCAUGGGAGGAGGUUUAUUCUGCGCGGGGGUGUCCAACAUCCUCCUGGUGGUUUCUACGGCGACGGAUUACUGGAUGCAGUACCGCCACUCCAACAACAACAUGCACCAGGGCCUGUGGCGCUACUGUGUGCCUGGAAAGUGCAUGACCCACACAGACAGCAUAGCCUACUGGGACGCCACCAGGGCCUUCAUGAUCCUCUCCAUCCUGGCCUGCUUCUUCGGCAUCGUCAUCGGGGUCAUGGCCUUCAUACACUACUCCUCCUUCCAAGGCUUCGACAAAACCUUCACUUCCGGAAUCCUCUUCUUCAUCUCAUGCUUCUUUGUGCUGCUGGCCAUGGCUGUGUACACAGGAGUGACUGUCAACUACUACGGGAAACGAUACGGAAACUGGCGCUUCUCCUGGUCGUACAUCAUGGGCUGGGUGUCUGUGGUGCUUACCUUCUUCUCAGGUAUCUUCUAUAUGUGUGCCUACCGGAUGCACGAGUGCCCACGGAACUCCAGCUCCCGCUAGAAGAGUUCCAACGCAACAUUCUCUUCAGGAAGUUCUACUCUGAUGGUUUCCUCAAACGCAUCACAAUCCAAGUCUCAGCACUGCCAUGUCCUGUGAACUACCUAAGCUAUAAACUCAAAACAAAUAAAUGACAUAGAUCAUGUUUCAUUCUGCCUGUUUGGUAUGUCAUUUUAUAUGAUUGGAUACCCCGUCAUGGCUCGUUCAUGUUGUAGGACAUGGAAAAAUAAAUCCUCUUCGGUGAAUGUGUUGCAGAUUCUCAAAGGAUU